GUAAUGAUGACACUGAAUAAAGUGUCAUUCGUUUAGUACACAAUUCUGAAUCGUCCAUUCCUACGAAAUAUGUCCCACCAAUAACGCAAGAUGAUUGCUUAAAUAAUUUACAAGACUGGUAAAUUAACUUAGUAAACAUUGUACUGUGUCUUGUGCAAAUAAAUUUAAGCUCACAAAUUAUCUCUGCUUGCAUUGGAUCUUCAUCGUUGUGUAGAACUUAAGCUGUAUUUUAGCUGGUUAUUGGAAAAGAAGCUUCUCUAUUAUUGUAUAUACAAAUGAGCCCAAUCAAGUCUACCUUAAGGGUAAUAAUACUGGCAGGGAUUCAAAUAGCAGAAUUUGUUGGUUUCAUACUCUUUUUGCAUUUGUUUCCAGAUUUUAAGACGAAGUUUACAGCAUAUAACUAUGUAGGAUUUGUGCUACUUGGUUUAGCCUAUCCUUUAACAGUAUCGUUCGUUUCUUCGGUGAAACUUUAUGGAACAUUUCCUAUAAAUACCAUCUUACUGAUAAUAAAUGCAGCUUUAUUAGGUGCUGGUUUCGGAUUACUUAUGUACAUAAACAGUUUAGCAUGGACUUGUGGAUUUUUAGCCGGAGAUUUUGUUUUUGUGUGUAUAUUCCUUGCCGUUGGAAGCAGAAUUAAAUUUUUCAAUACUACUUUAGUGUAUAUUCUAACAGUUUUGUUGGCAAUUGCAGUUUUUGCAAUUUCAGUUAUUGCUGCAACAAAGAAGAUUCCAUGGAUCGAUGAUAAAGCUGUUUGUGCAUCAAUCUUUGUUUUAUCAGUAUUGCUUCUCUUAAUCGAAGGUCAUAAUAUGUCCACGGAAGAACAUACAUACGCGUUGGCAGCUCUAUUGAUAUUUGUCACUUAUGUGAUUAUCUACUAUGCAACAUGUUUAAUUAAAUUGAAAUAUCUUCCGGAACGGCCAUCCUUUGUCGCAAAUUAAUUUGUUCAAACUUCACUAAUAAAUUCCUUGUUCAAGGUUCUCUCUCUUUACGUAUGAUUGCUUAAUUCAUAUAAAACUGUAAUUAUUUUCCAAAGAUAAAUUGAAAACAUUCUUUUAUUUUGUUUGAUGUAAAAUUUCCCACUUCUAAAUUCAGGAUGUUACAUUUCAAAAUGAAGAAAUUAUUACUGGAAUUAGCAUUCCUCUUUUUUUCAUAUUGAAAUGAGACAUUUACUUAACAAUAACAGCAA